UGCAGGAUAUCCGGAUGCGGUUUGUGCGCAUGCGUACGUAAAUCUCACGCGCACGCAAUCUCAGUCCCGUCGAGAGCGUCUUGUGUGAAGUGUCAGCAGUGUGUGAGAGAGAAUAAUGAAGUGCCUGGCUCCCUGGAGUGCUCUGCUAGCCGUUCUCGUGCUAGCAAACAGCCUGCAAUUGUGCGUCUCUACACUGGAGGCGAUAAAGGGCAUCCACCGCGGAGGCCCGGCAGUCGCGGUCGGUCCGGACAUGGCCACUGGUGACGGGAGGAAGCUGCAUCGUCCGGUCGCCGAGGUCGAGAAGGAGCUGGCGAUGGUGAGGAAGCGUGCAGCCGGUGACCCAACUAGGAUGGAGACCACACCUUUGACGAUGGCUACCCAACAGCUCUCAUCUACUAUUCUGGUGGAAACAGCACCGUUGAUAUUUGUACUCACUUACCAAACUUCAAGAGGAGUUCCCACACGGUCCAACCUCUACAGGUGCUGAAAACUAUGGAUCCACGUUUGUGAACAUCAACAGUCGUCUGGAGUCCAGCAGUUCUGUGGUCCUCUCGCCGAGAUUCUUUUGUCAGCGACUUUAACCCGAACCUGCUCCUCUUUGCCCACGCGACGCAGCCCCGCCUCUACUACACGCUGGACGAGGGAGACACUUUCACGAUAACUGACAUCACGGACGUAAACAUCAACCCUCGCACUCUCCUCUACCACCCCGACCAGGACGGCUGGAUGAUGGCCCAGGACACCAGCAGUGCACUCUACUUAAGCCGAAACUAUGGGGAUGAUUGGACCAAAGUGGACGACAACGUUGACACUUACCAGUGGGGUGACCCGCGAUGGGACGCCAACCCUCUGAGAUCUACUACACCACCGACCGCCACGACGACGCGGCCUGAGCGGCAACACUCUUCAUACUCGAACCCCCCUACACUCCACCAACAGUUCGACCCCAGCUUUGGCGCCCACGACGCCUUCCUCGUGUUCGGGCCUACAUCUUUGCCCAGCGGACGGACGCCGGAGAUGAACCUCUACGUGAGCCACCUGCGGAAGGCGUUCCGUCUGGCAAAGAUCCCCACACCGUAUCAACCACAGCGUUACUGGUUGAGCCACAUCGACGAGCUGCAGGGCCAUGGUGAAUCAUCCAACACGAGGUGGGUUCUACAAUCUCUACCUCUCGACAGCACCGGCAUGGACUACUCUCUCUCCCUGAGGGACAAUCGUGGUCGUGAGAGGGAUUUGUGGAUCUUGAACUGAUUGAAGGAGUGAAUGGCACACUCGUAGCCACCAGUACGUGAGGGACAGCCCAGCCAAACCAACGCCCCCAAACGAACUCUCAUCACCCUUGACAACGGAGGCUACUGGGAACUGCUGAUUCCUCCAGACGUGAUGUGGAUGGGAGGGCGCUCAACUGCCGCCCCGGUGUGCUCCCUACCCUGCACAUGACUCCAGUGCUUACGCCAGACUUGGAGUAUACUCCACCCCCUCUGCCCCUGGGCUUAUCAUCGCUCACGGCAACACCAAUGCGACGCUGCUCAGCGAACCCGACCUGUUCAUCUCGAGGGACGGCGGGGUCACCUGGGAACAGACGCUGAAGGGUAGCUGGGGGGUGGGCGUGGCAGACCACGGCGGUCUCCUGGUGGCUGCCAAAGACUACCACCAGACGGACCAGUCCAGUGUCCUCCAGUACUCCUGCAAUGAGGGCUACUCCUGGAACACCUUCCAUUUCUCCACAUCGUCAGCUGUAAUCUACGGAGUGAUAACGGACCUGGUCACCCACAACAGUCAUGAGUCUGUACGGACAGACGACCAAUAGGCAGUGGAGGGUCUUCACCAUCGACUUCAGGGCCGUGUUUGAGAGAGAGUGCAGAGAUAGCGACUACAUACUGUGGAUGCCGUGGGACCUGAGAUCUGACACUGACUGUAUACUGGGUGUGACUGUGACCAUUGAGCGACGCAGGGCCCAGACAUGCUGUCUCAACGGCAGGGACUACGACAGGGAAGUCAGUAUUGAGAUCUGCCAGUGCAACGAAGAAGACUUUGAAUGUGACUAUGGUUAUGAGAGGCUGUCACUGAGUGGGCUGUGUGAGAGAGAUCCAGAUGUUGACCUCCCUGACCCCUGUGCAGCGGGACAGAAAAACUACACUGCCAGCUCUGGCUACAGGAAGAUAGCAGGAGACCUCUGCCAGGGAGGCCAGGAGAGCCUGCUUAAACCCUUCACUGCCCCGUGCUGUGGCAACACUACACUCCCUCCCACACUCCCUGCAUCCACCACCUCCUCCUCCUCCUCCAGUGACACUCGGCCAACCAGCGACUCUACCUCUCCUUCUACACAGGCCCAGAAAAAAGACUCUCCGUCCUCUGACCACGGAGCUCUGAUAGGAACCGGGGUUGUCAUAGCAAUCCUUACCGCGGGCUGUGUUGCCGUUAGCUUCUUUCUGGUGGUAGUGGCAAUAAUGUACACCUCCCUGCGUAAACGUCACAUGAGGCUCAUCCUGGCUGGGGAGGGAUCCAUACAGCAGCGUUUUGCCUUCCACUCUGACCGCGACAGUAGUCUGGAACACCCUACAGAUGCUGCUCAGGACGCUGAAGAUGAUGACCCACUCAUCCCAUGAACUCAAACUGAAAUUUUUUUAUUGUCCCCCAUCUACUGACCACACCCACACGCCCGUCUAUUAUGUGUACAAAUUGGUGUUAUAAUCUUAGUGCGCAUUUCACCCUAUGCCUUUCACAUGUGUGUUGCUUCAGAUUGUGCGCAUGCACAUGCGCGAGUGGCGCGCGCGCGUGUGAUUCCGGGCGCGGCGAGCUGCGCUGCUGUUCGACUAUAGUAUAGGACUGACAGAGAGGUGCCUGUGCUGGCAAAAGUCGUACGGAAGCUGCACGAGGAGAGUGUGGCAGCGUCCGGAGAUGACGCCGAACAGAGGGUAGUGGAGCACUUCACUGAACUCCUGAAGUCCGAGGAAGCCUGGACCAAGGUGUAUGGUGAGAGUGUUGAGGCAUUCCGUGUGACGUCCACUGUUGAGUGUGUGGGUGUCCUCAGCAAACACCCCGUCUUAACCCUCUUUGAGGGAGGGGAGGACGGGGAGGAGGGAGUGGUGGGGGAGACAGCGGCCGAACGGAGCGCCCACUGUCCCCCUCCCUCUCUGGUGCCACGCCUCCACUGUAUCUUGGUGACAUCACUCUCCCACACCAACCCUCUCCUUCCGCGCCAGCUGCCACUACCUCUACCGGGAGAUGAUUCAAUCCUGGCUACGCCCCUGGUGAGAGAGGGAAUAAUGAAGUGUCUGGCUCCCGGGAGUGCUCUGCUAGCCGUUCUCGUGCUAGCAACCGGCCUGCAAUUGUGCGUCUCUACACUGGAGGCGAUAAAGGGCCUCCACCGCGGAGGCCCGGCAGUCGCGGUCGGUCCGGACAUGGCCACUGGUGACGGGAGGAAGCUGCAUCGUCCGGUCGCCGAGGUGGAGAAGGAGCUGGCGAUGGUGAGGAAGCGUGCAGCCGGUGACCCAAGUAAUGAUGGAGACCACACCUUUAACGAUGGCUACCCAACAGCUCUCAUCCACUAUUCUGGUGGAAACAGCACCGUGAUAUUUGUACUCACUUACCAAACUUCAAGAGGGGUUCCCACACGGUCCAACCUCUACAGGUCUGAAAACUAUGGAUCCACGUUUGUGAACAUCAACAGUCGUCUGGAGUCCAGCAGUUCUGUGGUCCUCUCGCCGAGAUUCUUUGUCAGCGACUUUAACCCGAACCUGCUCCUCUUUGCCCACGCAACGCAGCCCCGCCUCUACUACACGCUGGACGAGGGAGACACUUUCACGAUAACUGACAUCACGGACGUAAACAUCAACCCUCGCACUCUCCUCUACCACCCCGACCAGGACGGCUGGAUGAUGGCCAAGGACACCAGCAGUGCACUCUACUUAAGCCGAAACUAUGGGAAUGAUUGGACCAAAGUGGACGACAGCGUUGACUCUUACCAGUGGGGUGACCCGCGAUGGGACGCCAACCCUCUGAGGAUCUACUACACCACCGCCGACCCCGACGACGCGGCCUUGAGCGGCAACCUCUUCUACUCCGAACCCCCCUACACCUCCCACCAACAGUUCGACCCCAGCUUUGGCGCCCACGACGCCUUCCUCGUGUUCGGGCCCUACAUCUUUGCCCAGCGGACGGACGCCGGGAAGAUGAACCUCUACGUGAGCCACCUGCGGAAGGCGUUCCGUCUGGCAAAGAUCCCCGACGCCGUACAACCACCAGCGUUACCUGGUGAGCCACAUCGACGAGCUGCAGGCCAUGGUGAUCAUCCAACACGAGGGGGGUUUCUACAAUCUCUACCUCUCGGACAGCACCGGCAUGGACUACUCUCUCUCCCUGAGGGACAUUGUGGUUGUGAGAGGGAUUGUGGAUCUUGAACUGAUUGAAGGAGUGAAUGGCACACUCGUAGCCAACCAGUACGUGAGGGACAGCCCCAGCCAAACCAACGCCCCCAAACGAACUCUCAUCACCCUUGACAACGGAGGCUACUGGGAACUGCUGAUUCCUCCAGACGUGGAUGUGGAUGGGAGGGCGCUCAACUGCCGCCCCCCGGUGUGCUCCCUACACCUGCACAUGGACUCCAGUGCUUACGCCAGACUUGGAGUAUACUCCACCCCCUCUGCCCCUGGGCUUAUCAUCGCUCACGGUAGCGCCAAUGCGACGCUGCUCAGCGAACCCGACCUGUUCAUCUCGAGGGACGGCGGGGUCACCUGGGAACAGACGCUGAAGGGUAGCUGGGGGGUGGGCGUGGCAGACCACGGCGGUCUCCUGGUGGCUGCCAAAGACUACCACCAGACAAACCAGUCCAGUGUCCUCCAGUACUCCUGCAAUGAGGGCUACUCCUGGAACACCUUCCAUUUCUCCUCAUCGUCAGCUGUAAUCUACGGAGUGAUAACGGAGCCUGGUCACCACACAACGGUCAUGAGUCUGUACGGACAGACGACCAAUAGGCAGUGGAGGGUCUUCACCAUCGACUUCAGGGCCGUGUUUGAGAGAGAGUGCAGAGAUAGCGACUACAUACUGUGGAUGCCGUGGGACCUGAGAUCUGGCACUGACUGUAUACUGGGUGUGACUGUGACCAUUGAGCGGCGCAGGGCCCAGACCUGCUGUCUCAACGGCAGGGACUACGACAGGGAAGUCAGUAUUGAGAUCUGCCAGUGCAACGAAGAAGACUUUCAAUGUGACUAUGGUUAUGAGAGGCUGUCACUAAGUGGACUGUGUGUGAGAGAUCCAGAUGUUGACCUCCCUGACCCCUGUGCCGCGGGACAGAAAAACUACACUGCCAGCUCUGGUGACACUCCAUCAACCGGGCCAACCAGCGACUCUACCUCUCCUCUCACCACCUCCUCCACCUCCCCUCCUCCGCCCCUCCCUCCAUCCAGUGACAAGCUCUCGGGCGCGACUCUACUCUCCUUCACAGGCCCUUACCCGCUGGAUGUGCGUAUAGUCUUGCACUUGCUAACUUCCUCCUCUCACUCCACUCUGUUCCUCCCCGCUCUCCCUCUUCCUUCUCCCUCCCACCUCACCUCACUCCCUCUCUCUUCAGGGAAAAAAGACUCUCCGUCCUCUGACCACGGAGCUGUGAUAGGAACCGGGGUUGUCAUAGCAAUCCUUACCAUGGGCUGUGUUGCCGUUAUCUUUAUUCUGGUGGUGGUUGCAAUAAUGUACUCCUCCCUGCGUAAACGUCACAUGAGGCUCAUCCUGGCUGGAGAGGGAUCCCUACAGCAGCGAUUUACCUUCCACUCUGACCGCGACAGUAGUCUGGAACCCCUCACAGAUGCUGCUCAGGACGCUGAAGAUGAUGACCCACUCAUCCCAUGAACUCAAACUGAAAUUUUUUAAAUAUCAGUGCCCCCCCAUCUACUGACCACACCCACACGCCCGUCUAUUAUGUGUACAAAUUGAUGUUUUAAUCUUAGUGCGCAUUUCACCCUAUAUAAUAUGCCUGCCUGUGCA